AAAAAUGAUGUUGAUACGACACAGAGAGCUAUACAAACUAAUUUUAAAGCUAAUUUUGGCUAUAUGUUAGUAAAAAUAUUAAAGUUUUUAUGUCAUGAAAUAGGUGUUUCUGAGGCAGACUUGAAGUUGAAUAAUCCUGGAAAAGAGAAAAUGAUAGACAUUGAUAAUAGUAUAAAGGAAGUAUAUGGGAAGGGCAAUAAGUCAAAUUUUGAGUUAGAUAAAGCUUUUGCAAAGGUUUUUAAUAAUGGGCUAGUAGUAACUAAGAAUGAGGAAGCAAAAGGGUAUAAUGACCAAUCUUCACUGCAUUUACCUUUUUUGGAUAAAGAAAACAUAUGA